CCUGUCGGAAACUGCAGAGAAAGAGAAAAAACAAAAUGGAAGGUUGAAAUGUUAUUGAAUCAUGAAUAGAAAAAAACUGCAAAAUAACAAAACACAUCGUAUUUUUAUAAAGUGAUACAAAAUUUUAUACUGCCGUGGCUUUUGAGGGCUCGGUUGUCGUUGUUUUUUUAAACAACUGUGCCGGGAAUUGUGUCAACAACAAUGGAAGAACAUAUUGGAGGGUGUUGUAAAUGUCAUUCCUCGUCAAGUUAUGGCCAAAAUAUGUCCGAAAUGGAUUUCGCACGAGGCGUCUGGACCGCAGCGAUGGACGGGGAAUUUGAAAAGGUCGAGGACUACCUGAAUAAGGGAGGUGACCCCAAUGCUGUUGAUAGUUCCGGUUACACUGCGCUGCAUUAUGCAAGCCGCAGUGGGCAUUUUGCAGUUUGUGAGCUUCUUCUAAUGAAGGGAGCUUGUGCAAAUGCACAGACAAGGUCUGGCCAAGUCACGCCACUACAUAGGGCUGCCUACUGUGGACGUAUUGGAGUUGUAAAUCUGCUCCUUCGGCAUCAAGCAGACCCUACACUUUGUGAUACUGAUGGACAAACAGCACUCCAUAAAGCUUCUGAAAAAGGUCAUAAAGAAAUAGUUCAAUUGUUGGUGGACAGGAAUCCUGGGUUACAGCAGAUCAAGGACAACAGGGGAAGAACAGCAUUGGAUAUCAUCCCUCAGGGCUAAAAACAACAGCUGGCCAUGGACAUGUUAGCUGGCCGUUUUCUAGUCAUGAUAGCUGGCCAAAUUAGCUCGGUCAGUUUCUGGCUCAAAGUUAAGUUACUGGUCGAAAUGACCAGCAAGGCGAAGAUUUGAUCAGAUGAGUUCCAAUUCUAUUCAACGAUAUAUUUAUGUAUAUGCUUUCAAGAUUAUCUAGAGACUGAAAGCCAUAUUUUCCUUUAGGCUAUACUAACCCACUAUUAAAGCCAGAUUGAGUAGCUGUAUUAAAAUUAAUAAAUAUCUGAAUUUUAAUCCUAGAAAGUCUUCUUUUACUGCUCAAUUAUAUUACUUCUAAACACUUCUGAACAUGCCAUUCAAAUCCAUAUGGGUACUCUUGCACAAGAAUGCACACUUCGCUAGAACUGAGACUACAAAAUAAACCAAAGGCAUUUUAUGACUGGGGUGCACAGGCAACCCAGUAAAACGUUUUUAAUUUUCGCCAUUUGAAAAGCCAUGGAUAAUCUUAAUGCAUAGCAUAAACAUGCCCAACUUCUAAAACUUGUUUUCCUCUUCUAAAUGCCCAAAUUUAGAGUGUUUUUUAAUUUUGGAAAAUCAGGAACCGUACAUAGCUGGAAGGGACUGGACUUUACUUGCUGGAUUGUACGGAAUGUAUACGUUUUUUUUACGCCGUAUUUGCAGCAUCAUUGUAUAUAACUUAUGAUUGUAUCCAAAAUUUUGCACAAAAAAAAAACAAUUUUUAAAAAAAUCUUUUGAAUCGUGGCACUGGUUGAAGUCUUGUGAAGCCGGUCAGCGGCAAAUGUUUUUCAAAGGACUGUAAACAUAAUUUGCAUAGGUGACUCUGUGGAUCGUAACAGAAUUUUACGAAUAAUUUUCCUCCAUUAAAGAUGCUUUUAAGAUAAAUAAAUUUGAUGUUAUCUGGAUGUGACUGGAAUAGAUUGAUUGUGACUGAAUAGAUUGCAAGUGACUGGGCCUCAGUCAGUUACUCAAUCUUGAAUCAAAAAUUUUUUUCACCUUUUGAUUUGGCACCUUUUGAUUUGGAUAAUCUUAAUGUAUAACAAAAACAUACCCACCUAAAACUUGUUUUCCUCUUCUAAUUGCCCGAAUUUUGAGUGUUUUUUAAUUUUGGAAAAUCUGGAACUGCACAUAGCUGGAAUGGACUGGGUGGUUGGCUGGAUCAUAAGGAACGUAGACGUUUUUUUACGCCAAAUUUGCGGUUUUUAUAGUAUUUAAUGAUAUAUUUAUGUAUAUGCUUCAAGAUUAACUAGAGACUGUAAGGCAUUUUCCUUUAGUCAGAUCACGAAGCAUAAAGAAGAAGAAGAGUAUUAAGAUCAGGCAAUGUCUGGGUUAAUUGCUUGUGACAUAAGUACUGAACUGUACUUGUAAUACUUAAAGAAAUAUUCUAAAUGUUUUACAAUAAUGUUGGUAAGCUAACUUCCAGAUUACUAUUGCUACAUUGCCUAAAUAGCAAUAUAGCAAAGCAUGGUGCUAUCAAUUCAAAUAUAAUUUAUACAAGGUCUCUCAGUAUAUAUUGUACAAUGCAAAAUAAUUGUUAUGUAAUGUAUCCAUACUAUUCGCUGGACAUCAAAAGCCAGAUCAUUUCUAAAAUCCUUCUGAUUGGUCAGUUAUCUUAGAGGGUCUUUCCCUGCUAGCAGAGUCCUCUUUCUCUCCCUUCUUUUAGGCAGUGAAGAGGGAGACUCUGGCGAUGUAGAGCGUUUUGUUUGAUAAACUGCCAUUCACAAUCAUAGACAAACAAAACCAGUUUUAAGACCAGUUUUUAACGUGUUACAUGUAGUGCGCAUGAUAAUAUGUAACACAUCAUGGCACUAAACGUUGUUUGAUGAGAGCUGCUGUCAAAACCAUGACAGUGUUGCUAAGUUACACCACGCAGGCAUCACAAGUAUAACGUCCUACAUCGGCAGUCUAUUUUUUUCACUCCACCAAAACAAAAGGAAAAUAGGCUCUGCUAGCAGGGAAAGAGGGCCUGUUCAAAUGAGAUGAAAAUUACCAAAACAUUUAAAGAAAUGUCGAAGAAAACAGAGAAUCAAAAUGUUGCAAAGUCAUGAUAAUUGAGCAUCACAACUCUGACAGUUCAGAGAAAAACUUUCACUAGUUUGUGUUCUUAUUCGAACAUAACUAGAUAUGAAAAUUACAAGGGGUUCUAAGUUAUGGCAGUAUUUAACUUUGGUAUAUAUUCAUUUUACAUAGCCAAAUAAAUUGUUCAGUAUGUAUUAA